AUGACUAGCGUGCAGCCAGAGACGAAAGAUGGCGCCAUCAACCAGAUGAGACGCAACUCGUCGGUUCUUGGGCCCGUCAACAAGAUCCUUGUCGCCAACAGAGGCGAAAUACCCAUCAGAAUCUUUAGGACCGCCCACGAGUUGUCAAUGCAAACGGUUGCCAUUUAUUCGCACGAGGAUCGCUUGUCGAUGCACAGGUUGAAAGCAGACGAGUCAUAUGCUAUUGGCAAAAAGGGGCAGUUCACCCCCGUGGGUGCUUAUUUGCAAAUCGAUGAAAUCAUCGAUAUUGCUAAAAAGCACAAUGUAAAUAUGAUCCAUCCCGGUUACGGUUUCCUUUCUGAAAACAGCGAAUUUGCCAAAAAAGUCGAGGAAAACGGCAUCAUUUGGAUUGGUCCGCUGUACAAGACAAUCGACGCCGUGGGUGACAAAGUCAGUGCUAGAACUUUGGCGAUUGAAAAUAGCGUGCCCGUGGUGCCUGGUACCCCGGGCCCAAUUGAAGAUGUGGCAGAUGCGAGGAAAUUCGUUGAGAAACACGGCUUGCCCGUGAUUAUCAAAGCUGCAUUUGGUGGCGGUGGAAGAGGAAUGAGGGUUGUUCGUGAGGGCGACGAUAUCGAAGACGCCUUCAAGAGAGCUACGAGUGAAGCCAAGACUGCGUUUGGCAAUGGUACUUGUUUCAUUGAACGGUUUUUGGAUAAACCAAAGCACAUUGAAGUUCAAUUGCUUGCUGAUAAUUAUGGCAAUGUUGUUCACUUGUUUGAAAGAGAUUGCUCGGUGCAGAGAAGACAUCAAAAAGUGGUUGAGAUUGCUCCAGCAAAAAAUUUACCGAGAAACGUCCGCGAUGCCAUCUUGACCGAUGCCGUGAAAUUGGCCAAAAGCGCCAACUAUAGAAAUGCCGGUACCGCCGAGUUUUUGGUUGACGAGCAAAACAGACACUAUUUCAUCGAGAUCAACCCUAGAAUCCAAGUUGAACACACCAUUACUGAAGAAAUCACGGGAGUCGACAUUGUUGCUGCCCAGAUCCAAAUUGCUGCUGGCGCGUCAUUGGAGCAAUUGGGUCUUUUACAAGACAAGAUCACCACUAGAGGCUUUGCCAUCCAAUGCAGAAUCACCACUGAAGAUCCCACCAAGAACUUCCAACCAGAUACUGGUAAGAUUGAAGUUUACCGUUCAGCUGGUGGUAACGGUGUCAGACUCGAUGGUGGUAAUGGAUUUGCUGGAUCCAUCAUUACCCCACACUAUGACUCAAUGUUGGUCAAGUGCUCUUGUUCCGGUUCCACUUUUGAAAUUGCAAGAAGAAAAAUGCUUCGUUCAUUGAUUGAGUUUAGAAUCAGAGGUGUUAAAACCAACAUUCCCUUCCUUUUGGCAUUGUUGACCAAUCCUACCUUUAUCGAGGGCAAUUGCUGGACUACAUUUAUCGAUGACACCCCGUCAUUGUUCCAAAUGGUUAGCUCGCAAAACAGAGCUUCGAAAUUGUUGACCUACUUGGCAGACUUGUAUGUCAAUGGCUCAUCGAUCAAGGGCCAAAUUGGCUUCCCUAAAUUGGACACGGAGGCUUUGAUUCCAACUUUACACGAUCCAAAGACUGGCAUUGCCAUUGAUGUCAACCAUACGCCUCCACCAAGAGGCUGGAGACAAGUGUUGCUCGAAGAGGGACCACAGGAAUUUGCUAAAAAAAUUAGAGAGUACAAGGGCUGCUUGAUCACCGAUACCACGUGGAGAGAUGCGCAUCAAUCCUUGUUGGCCACUAGGGUCAGAACAAUUGACUUGUUGAACAUUGCACCCACCACGGCAUUUGCCUUGAAUGGCGCUUUUUCAUUGGAGUGCUGGGGUGGCGCCACUUUUGACGUCAGCAUGAGAUUUCUUUACGAAGACCCAUGGGUGAGGUUGAGAAAAUUGAGAAAAUUGGUGCCCAAUAUCCCCUUUCAAAUGUUGUUGAGAGGCGCCAAUGGUGUCGCCUACUCCUCGUUACCCGACAACGCAAUUGACCAGUUCGUUAAGGAGGCCAAGGAAAACGGAGUGGAUAUUUUCCGGGUCUUUGACGCUUUGAACGAUUUGGAGCAGUUGAAAGUUGGUGUUGAUGCAGUCAAGAAAGCCGGCGGUGUUGUUGAAGCAACUGUUUGCUACUCGGGUGAUAUGUUGAAACCAGGUAAAAAAUACAACUUGGAGUAUUACUUGAAAGUUGUCGAUGAAAUUGUCCAAAUGGGCACCCAUUUCUUGGGAAUAAAGGAUAUGGCAGGCACGUUGAAACCAGCAGCUGCUAGAUUGUUGAUUGGUGAAAUUAGAAAACGUUACCCUGAUUUGCCAAUUCACGUGCACACCCAUGACUCUGCCGGAACCGGUGUUGCUUCGAUGACCGAGUGUGCCAAAGCUGGAGCCGAUGUAAUUGAUGCCGCUUCCAAUUCAAUGUCCGGGUUGACUUCACAGCCAUCAAUCAGUGCCAUCUUGGCCUCUUUUGAAGGGUCCAUCAACUCGGGCCUUUCCGAGUCAUUUGUUAGAGAGUUGGAUGAGUACUGGGCGCAAAUGAGAUUGCUCUACUCCUGCUUUGAAGCCGACUUGAAAGGCCCUGACCCCGAGGUUUACUCGCACGAGAUUCCAGGUGGCCAAUUGACCAAUUUGCUUUUCCAAGCUCAGCAAUUGGGACUCGGUACCAAAUGGUUGGAGACUAAAAAAGCUUAUAAAAUUGCCAAUCAAAUCCUUGGUGAUUUAGUUAAAGUUACUCCCACUUCUAAAGUUGUCGGAGACUUGGCGCAGUUUAUGGUUAGCAACAAUCUUACUGAGGAAGAUAUCAACCGUCUUGCCGGAGAGCUCGAUUUCCCCGACUCGGUCCUCGAUUUCAUGGAAGGGUUAAUGGGUACCCCUUAUGGAGGAUUCCCCGAGCCACUCCGGACAAACAUGUUGGGCAACAAGCGUCAAAAACUCACCGAGAGACCUGGUCUCACCCUCAAACCAGUCAAUUUCCGAGAGGUUAAAAAGGAGUUGCAAUCGCGCUACGGAACGCAAAUUGACGAAACGGAUAUCGCGUCGUAUAUCAUGUAUCCAAAAGUCUACGAAGCAUACAGAAAGCAAGUUGAGAAAUACGGCGACUUGUCGGUGUUGCCCACGCGCAACUUCCUCAAGCCGGCAGCCGUGGGAGAAGAAAUCGUGGUUGAUAUCGAGCAGGGCAAGACUUUGAUCAUCAAGCUUCUUGCCAUUGGCGAAAUCAGCCAAAAGAGCGGCACCAGAGAAGUGUUUUUCGAGCUCAAUGGUGAAAUGAGAUCGGUUACGGUGGAAGACAAGACGGCGUCGGUGGAGACCAAGACUAGACCCAAGGCGCAACAGCCCAACGACGUCGGUGCUCCCAUGUCGGGUGUCGUGAUUGAGAUCAGAACCCACAAGCACCAAGAAGUUAAAAAGGGAGAUCCGAUUGCUGUGUUGAGUGCCAUGAAGAUGGAGAUGGUGAUUAGUGCGCCAGUCAGCGGUGCUGUGGGAGACAUGCUUGUUAAAGAAGGAGACUCCGUUGAUGCUAAUGAUUUGAUUUGUAGCAUCACCAAGACAUGA